UAUUAGGACAUGACGCAACUUAGAGUACUUGCAUGGUGAGUCUAUCCAUACAAUUAUAUAAGAGAUUCCAGAAUUAUUUAUAUGGAUCGAACAAAAAAUGUGUGUUAUGAAAAAUAAUCAUCUAGCUAGUUAUACAAACCUUAUAGGUAUCAAAUAUCAUUAAGUUGAAAAGUUAUACACAAACCUCUCUCUCUAUAUAUAUAUAUAUAUGUAUUGGUCAACAAAUACAUGCGUGUGUGUCUAUAUAUAACAUAGAUAAAGGGAUUAGACAUCUUUGCUGUGCUUUUGGAUUGUACCCAAUCAAUCUUUGACUACCAAAAAAAAUAAAUCUUUAUUGGUAUCAUCGGAUAAUGCAUAGUGGAAAGAGACCUCUUUCACCGGAAUCAAUGGCCGGAAAAAGAGAAGAGAAAGAAGAGUUGGGUUCUUGCUCAACUUUGUCAGAGUCUGAUGUGUCUGCUUUUGUCUCUGAACUCACAGAUCAACCUACCCCACCAUCAGUAAAUCAAACUUCAUCUCUUACCCUUCAAGAACAAAGUAAUACGAGACAACGAAACUAUAGAGGUGUGAGACAAAGACCGUGGGGAAAAUGGGCAGCCGAGAUCCGUGACCCAAACAAGGCAGCUCGUGUGUGGCUUGGCACGUUCGACACUGCAGAGGAAGCAGCAUUAGCUUAUGAUAAAGCUGCUUUUGAGUUUAGGGGUCAAAAGGCCAAGCUAAACUUCCCGGAGCACAUUCUUACCAACUCUAGUGGUCCAUAUGGACCAUAUCCAUCAACCGCUACUUCCCAUGAUCGCAUCACCGUAUUGCCACCUCCAGCUAUUGCUCCUGACAUACUUCUUGAUCAAUAUGGACAGUUUCAUUCCGCAAAUAGUGAUUCAGUUGCCAACUUUUCUUUGACUAUGCCGUCUUCUUCGUCUUCAUUGAAUCAACAAGAGCAUAUACCAAAACUAGAGGAUGGUAAAAACGUGAAGAAUAUUAAUAUCAAUAAACGAAGGAAAUAGCAUAUCAAUACUUCAGUGGUACGUAUAUGCCUAUUAUGACUCUUCUGUUCAGAAGCAUGACCGGUUCUGAGAUUUAAGGGGCUAAAAUGCAUUGAAUGUCGAUCUAAAGAGUGAAGAAGUGCAUUUAGGAUUCAGGCAUCAUGGAUGAAAGAUAACCUUCUGGGACAUGAAAAUGCUAUAAGGGAUGAAGAUGACUUGGAAGAUAAAGAAAGCUGUUCUAAUUAUUCUGUCAAGAGAACCAAUCGAUUAACGGGUCACCAUAGAAGAUGGAGAGAGUGAUAGAGACUACAACACACCUUGAUCCAACAGCUGCAAUGAAGUUCUUGUAGGCGAAUAAUCUUAAACCACCAACGGUGGAAUCCUAUGAAAUUCCAUGCACAAAAGAGUGAAAUUAAAUUCUUUAACCAAAACUAGCUGAUGAGCAGUUCCCUCGUAACAAAUGAAAGUUGUAGUAUUGUUUCAGUAGAAUCUGUAAUCAAUGUUUUUGAAUCAUGUUGAUUAAAGAUAAGUACGUUUUAAUGUUUACGUAACUAUAUAAUGUAUUUAUAUUGUUAAUUUAUUAUUUAAGCUA